CAUCACAUUCAAGAGUAUUUUCAGAAAAUAAAUAUCAAAAUACACUCCCUUUAAUUUCUUUAAAAGUCAAAAUUAGAAAGAUUUUACGGGAGUAGGGAGUAAACUCCAAUACUUUGUGAGUGGAGCGACUCUCUCCUUCCCAUGGCGAAGAAGAAAGGGCGUCCAAAGAAGAACGAUGAAUCGGUGAUAACAGAACAAAAAACACAAUCAGGGAAGGCUAUCGAGGAAGCAGGAAGCUCAGCUAAAACUCCAAAAGGAGGCGAAACACCGACGACUGAUGCGAAGAAAGUGCCCGAUUUUACUGAAUCUGGAUUGCCUGAAGAACCAGGAGAUGAAAUCAGAAUUGAGCAACAAGCUAAACCUACCUAUGCGAAAAUUCUUACAUCCACGGAGGUACAAACAAAUCUCAGUUUCUAUCAAUUUGAAGAAGUAAAUGGAAAAAGGAUUGCUAGGUUUACUGACGAGGAUGUGAUUGAGGAAAAAGGACUCUGGGACAAUGCGGUUAUCUGCUACAUCCUAGGAGCGAAUCCACCUCUGGAAAUCGUAAAAGGAUUUAUCGCCAGGAUCUGGAAGGAUUAUACAGUGGAUGAUGUGAGUUUCCAUAAAGAGGGCCAAUAUAUUGUAAUGUUUCAGAAACCUGAAGAUAGAGAUGAAAUUGUGAAAAGGAAAUACUACUAUUUUGACAAUAAACCGAUGUUAGUACAGAGAUGGAACCCUGGGAAACAGCUGAAUAUCCAGGAACUGAGUGAUGUCCCAAUCUGGGUCCAAUUUCCUAACCUUGAUAUGAGGUAUUGGAGUUUAUCAGGCCUGGGAAAACUGGGAAGUAUAUUGGGUAAACCUAUCAAAAGGGACAGAGCUACUGCAACCAGAGCAAAAUGGAGUUAUGCAAGGAUACAAAUUGAGGAUGAGGAUCACAGAAUCCUAUCAAAGCUGGAUAGGGUGCUUGUAAACAUUGAAUGGAUCAGGAGACAUAAUACCAAAACUAAAGUACUGAAUGAAGCGGGUGACAAGGGGUCCAAAAUGUUCUUUGCCUUGGCCAAGAAGAGGCAACUUAAUAAUUAUAUCAUGAGUAUUGAUGAUGAUGGGAGGGAAGUGGUAGGAACAGAAGCAAUAGCAGGAGUUCUUGAAGGUUUCUACAUCAAAAUGCUGGGAACCACCACCUCCACUAAAGAGAUUGAUAGGGGGAUAAUUGAAUCAGGAAGGACCCUAACUAUUGAGCAGCAGUUAGCAUUAGUGAAGGAGUUCCAGGCAGAACAGGGUGACCCAAUAUCUCCACUUAUUUUUGUGUUAGUAAUGGAGUAUCUCACAAGGAAGUUUCAUAUGGUUGCCAAAGAGGAGGGAUUCUCUUACCAUCCCAUGUGUAAAAGACUGAAUAUUGUAAGCCUAACUUUUGCUGAUGAUUUGAUCGUUGUGUGCAAAGCAGAUUGCAAAUCUGUCAGCUGUAUUAUGAAUGCUUUGGAGGAGUUUCAGCUAACCACUGGGCUGAGGAUUAAUAGGAGCAAAUCUGAAGUUGUGUUUGGGGGAAUAAGCCAUGAAACUGAACACAAGCUACUUGAAAUAACUAAUAUGAAGGAAGCCAUUAUGAAACUUAACUGGGACAUAGCUGAUAAGAAAGACAUCUUAUGGGUUGGGUGGAUACAUGCGAGAUACAUUAAAGGGGAUGACUUCUGGAGCUACAAGCCUAAACAAGACUCAUGCCAUUAUUGGAAGGAAAUGAUGAGGGUUAAGGAGAAGUUUACUAGUAUGCCUGCAAAUCUACCUUAUACCAUAAAUAGAGGAGGGACAGAAAUGGCAGAGCACCUUUUCUGGCAAUGUGAGGAAUCUAAAUCUUUGGCUGCUUUAGUGAUGAAGGACUUCAAUAUGCAAAUCUAUGAGGGAUCUGUUGAAGGUUUUGGGAGGGCAGUGCAUAUGAUACCAGGAGGGAAACAAAGGAAAAAGUGGAUUGUUGUAUGGGCUACUUGUGUUUAUCAAAUCUGGAGACCUAGGGUUUGGAUGAAGACGAUGGAGCGCAGAAGGGGCGAAUCAUCUUUCCUGUCUCGUGCAAAGAAGAGACGGCUAAGUGAUGGCGUUGCUUACAGCAUUUUUGUCGCCGCGGAUGAGGACGAAAUGGUCUCUGCGGAGCAGGAUGAUUGCAUUUUUGAGAACGAAGAAGAGGAAGACUUCCCCGUCGAAGAAGAGGGAAUCAUGGACGACGAGGUCGAUGAUGAAGACGAAGAGGACGAAGAAGAAGAGGGAAUCGACCAGGACGAUGAUGAUGAUGAUGAAGAAGAGGACGAAGAAGAAGAAGAAGACGAGGAGAGGGAAGACUCGGCAAAAGUUUUCCUGGUUGGGGAUGAUGUUUGGGAGUCCAAAGCCUUCUCCAAGUGGAGGGAAGCGAAUUGGGCUCUGUUUUCUUACGACAUUCCCGAGGGAGACUUUUACAGAGUAUCAGCAGCAUAUUUCAAGCCCUUGGAGGAUCCCCGUUGCGAAAGAGGAUCCCAAAGACGAUCGGAUGAGUUAAAGAGAAUGAAAAGCAAGAACAUCUUUUCUCAUACAUAUCAGGCAAUUCUACAAAUCUAAUUCAACUCUGUUUGGUACACAGAAUUCAAACUAUGAAAAUAGAAUAUGGAGAUAAGAAUUCCAAUUCUACUACUUGAUAGCACGAUAAUGAACGAGAAGAUAAUUUAUAAACGAAGGAAGUAAAAUUUAGGGGUUGACAUUGUACUCUAUUUCUAAUAAUUUAUCUAACACAUAAAAAAGACGCCAGAAACUUUCCAAGAGUAGACUUUCUAUCGGUCUUGCCUUUCGCUUUGUCGGAGGCAGAAGUUAUUUAAAGUCUGGCACUUUCCCUUCUUUGAGCUGCUGCAAGACAUUUAACUUUUUUCUUUUAAAGUCAAUUUGCAUUUUUUAUUAGAUCCAGUACUCUACGAAGGAGUCAUCGCACGUAUCCCUGUAAAUCACCCAAAGUAAUUUAAAAUUAGAAUAACUAACUAAUCCACCUCCCUACUUGAAACCAAAUGGAUUCUAACCUAAAAGCAAUUAAGUGACAAUAAAAUAUGACAACUAAAAAUGAAACUAAAUAAUAUAUAGUUUGUAUAAAUUAACUAAAAUGUAACAAAUACAAUACCUGAAAAUAACACGAACAAAAUAAUUAGUCCUCAAUGUUUACAUUUCUUCAUCACCACGAGAAUUUUUCUUGAAUGUUCUAUAAAUAACACCUUCAAUCGAGACCAUGCAUUUUGGUGCUCCCAAAUAAUACGAUGGGUAUUGGGACUGGAUGAGUCCUCGUGUAAUCCCAACAGCGUCUCUAGUACCGUUUGAAAUCGUAUCACUUCCGAUAACAUUUGAAACAAAAUGACAGAACCUUUGGCUUGACAAUAAUUAAUGAUUGCAAUCCCGUGGUCAUUAACAAACCAUGAACUUGCUAUAUCAUUCACUGCGCUAAUAAUAGCAUCUCUACCUAACGAGAUAUGCUCUCUUGUUCGAUCUGGUGAGGUUGGUGAUCUACAAGCUUUUUGAACCACCUCUGUAUAACUCUCAUCGACAUUCAUAUACGUACAAGGCACACCUACAUGAGUAUCUCUAAAAGCAUACCAAGUACCUCUCACUUGAAAUGCAGAGACAUACAAAUUAUUACUCUCUCUGUCCCACCAAUCCUUUUGUUUUUGACUUUUAAAAAGAUUUAAGGAGAAUGUAUUGUGUUGUUGACUUUCUAAAAAUAUUUUAAGAUGUGAUGGAUAAAAGUAGGAUGUGACAAUGGAUAAAUUAACAGCAAAAAAGUGUGGUGUGAUAUAUAGGUUAAGAAUAAGUAGAGGUAAAAGAGACUUUUUAAUAGAAAUAUAAAAGAUUUUUUGAGACGGAUGAAAAAAGAAAAAAGGAAAAUUUUGUGGGACAGAAAGAGUAUUACUUAUCGUAACGGUAAUUUCAUUGCCGAUAGUCCUUGGCUUCGCAUUUCGGUAACUACCAUCUUCUUGGUAAGUCAAUAUUAAGCAGGCAUUCUCAAUCCGACACCCAUAAACUUCCCGCCAUUGACUAGGAUUGUUUUCUAUGACGGCCAAGUCCAACACAGGAAGAUCCGCCAUUUUGAAAAUCCUGAACAUAUAUAGAAUAACCAUGCAAAAAAAAUUAGGGUGGAGCUAUAUCCACACCAACUUUAGCUCAUGCCACUCCAUUUAUAAUGUAGAGACUAUUUUACCCUUUUUAAAUUCCUUCCUUGAGAGAAGCUUUCUUAUCUUCUCCCCCAUGGCCCCAUCCCAACCAUUCUAUUUCACUAAAUCAUUA